GACACGCACGCAGUCUGAGAAAAAGGAGUGUUCACACCAUAGAUAUAGAGGAGCGCACAGCUUUCGGGAACCAGCGUGGAAAGGGGGAAAACAAUUCAUGAGCCGUUUUGAACACUUUCAGAGGAGUUGUUUUUCUGCCCUUUGGGGGCAUUUUCAAGCCAUUCCAGUGCAUCCAGCAAACUGUUUUGUGGACACAGUCAGUGGAGGAGCAGAAGAAGAGCGGUCCAUCUGAACCCGCUAUUAUGCGGACACAUCAAGUCUCAGUAGUUUGGUCGGCAUGAACGCUGCGCAAACGGACCCCAGAAACUAUCCCCAUGGACUGACAGACUGCAUUUGAAUAUUUAGGAGAUUUUUUCUCUCUCUGUUUGCAAAAACAGUUCAAAGAUUGUGGAUUAUUGUUUUCCAGAGAAUUGCUCUGUUGCUUCUGUUCGAAUGAGGAUAUUGGUUUUUCAUAGGUCCAGGAUCCAAAGUAAGGAAAUAACCUCCGAACAGCUGGAUAUUUUAGUCUAACUGGACUCCCAGUCAUUGCUUUCAGCCGAGUCCAAUAUGAAGUCCAGCGCUGUGUGGAUGUGCUUCUGCAUCUUUCUGCUGCUCUUAGAUGAGGAGACGAAUUCCUCGGAUGGCCCCUCAGCUCUGUCCUCAUCUUUGGCCACCUGGCCCACGGGAGCUCCAAACACCGGCUCUGAGCUGGAAGCUCAGCCCGAGUGGGUGGACUGCAUCCAGGCGAGCGAAAUGUGCAACCAGAACCCUCACUGCAGCUCUCGGUACCGGGUGAUGCGCCAGUGCCUUGUGGGCAAAGAGAAGGAAACCAUGCUGGACAACAACAAGGAAUGCCAGGCUGCCCUGGAGGUGUUGCUGGUUAGCCCUUUGUAUGACUGCCGCUGCAAGAGGGGCAUGAAAAAGGAGCUGCAGUGUCUGCAGAACUACUGGACCAUCCACAUGGGACUUAAUGAAGGUGGAGACAUGGAGGACUUAUCUCCCUAUGAACCUAUAGCCCCCAACCGCCAACCUGAUGAGUUUGGUUUGGCUGCUAUCUCUUCAGGGAUGCUCACUGUGGCCCCCAAAGGCUUCCACUGCCCAGAGACUGAGAAAAACUGCAACCCUUGCCUAGUUGCCACCAAAGCCUGCAACCUCAACGGCAUUUGCAAGAGGCAGCGCUCCACAUACAUUACAACCUGCAGCAAGCUGGACACUAACAAGGGCGAGUCCUGCAACAGGAAGCGCUGCCACAAAGCACUACGGGCGUUCCUGGACCGCGUUCCUCCUGAGCUCAGCCAUGGACUGCUCUUCUGCCCCUGUCAAACCGAGGGUUGUGCUGAAAGACGAAGACAAACAAUAGUACCUGAAUGCUCCUAUAUAGAUAAGGAGAAGCCCAACUGUUUGGAGCUGCGGACGACCUGUCGCCAGGACUACCUUUGCAGGUACAGACUGGCUGACUACAUGAAUAACUGCGGGAAGACUCCACAUACCAUGGGCACCUGUCCCAAUAAAGACAAUCACCAAGCCUGCUUGGCCUCUUUUGUGAGGCUCAUCGGGACAGAAAUGACUCCCAACUAUGUUGACAGCAGCUCCACCAACUGGACCAUCUCGCCGUGGUGCACCUGCAAAGGCAGCGGAAACCAAGAGGAGGAGUGUCUGAACUUCCUGCGCCACUUCACCAAUAACACAUGCCUAAGAUACUCCAUCCAGGCCUUUGGUUAUGGAAUGUACAACUCGCAAAUAAAAAAUGUGACGGUUCCAACCCCGUCAUCAAUGUCAAAAACAUCGGAGGAGUGGUCUGUCAUUAUCCCAAAGUAUCCUGAACCAAGAGGUGGUGGCCUAGACGUAGUAGAGAAUCACUCUCCUUGUCUCUGUGCCAGCAUCUGGGCUCGGCUUCCAAGCCUGGCUCUGGCUCUGAUCCUGGCCCAGCAUGCCUUGUAGAAGUGCCAGGAGGAGAAAAAAAAGAGGUCAUCCACCCACGAACUGAUCCCAAAGCAGAAGAUGUCAUUUCUGAGACUGAUAUUAGGAAGGAUGUGCAUCUGGUGACAUUAAAAAACCUUUUGUGAAGGAGGAAAACAAGACUGAAAGUAGUGGAAAUUAUUGCAGUUCUGCAGCUGUGACACUGUUGAUCAUCACCAAAAAGACCUUUGUUAACAGAGGACAGCUUGUGAGCAAUGCCUUUUCUGACAUACAAGAACCUGGGAGAUGUUCAAAGCCACUAGACUUUUCUCACUAUAGAAGGAAGAGUUGCGAUAAGCAGACGUAAGGAGAAACAGUAAAUAAAAUGGUAAAGAGCUCCAGCCAAAAUAAAAAGAAACAACAUACAGAAAGGAGGUUUUUGUUGCUUUGGUUGGGGUCAUGGCUUACUCUUCUCUUGGAGGGAUAAACCACAUAAUUCAGUGGAUGAUUAAAUGUCUUUUCAACAACUGUGUAAACUCUAAACUGUAAAGCCUCCUCAGUGUUUUAAAUGUUGGUAUACUGUAGUACCUGUGAUCAUAUUCAGUCUGACAGUACACCUUUGAAGAAGGCCAGAGAUGUUAACAUUUAAUGGUUAUAUGGUCAUUUUGAGAUGUUUGUCGUUGACCGUGGGUGUUCUCACAGCCACCUGAAUAUGUGUAUAACUUUGCCUUCAUAUAUUUCCGUAUAAAUAUCUAAAAACAACAAUUUGCUUUGAUUUAGCUCACCUGUAUCCAGUACCUGGAAAGGACAUAAAUAUAUGCUAAGUAAUGGAAGGCCGUCAUUAUCUGCAUUUAUAGUCAUCUAUUAAAGCUUAAACACAAAAUAUGUAUAAACUAAUAAAAUUAAACAAGUUCUGUCUUCGAAAGCCAUA